CCCAGAUCCCGGCCGGGCCCACCCUACCGUCAUCCUAUCCCACUACCUCUACCUUACCCCAACCCUACCCACUACCCCCACCCUUACCGCCAUCCUACCCCCCACCACCUACCCCUUCCCAUCCUCAGCCCCACCCUGGUCUCGGACCCACCCUACCACCAUCCUAACCCAAUUCCAUACCCUACCUCUACUUUACCCCAAACCCUGCCCACUACCCCACCCUUACCCCUAACCACAACCCUAACCCACCCAAUACCCCCACUCAACCCCCUACCCCUAGACCUUACCACCCCACCCCGACCAUACCCCUUACCCCACCCCCACCCAUAACUUCCCUACCCCGACCCCUACGAGUAGGUAUGGGUGGGUAUGAAGGGUUGUGGGGGAGUAUGGGUAGAGUGUAAGAUCAUGGUAAGGGUAGGGGUCAAGAGUGUGAAAUUGGAGAACUGGGUGAAAAAAUUGAUGAACAUGUUUUCAGAUUUGAAAAUGGAAAACUAAAAAAUAGAAACAGAAAAUUAGAGAUAAAAAAACUGAAAAAUAAAAACAGAAAAUUGGAGAACGAAAAACAGAAGUAGAAAACAGGAAAAUAUCUCUGUUAGUAAACAGGCCCUAAAAGUUCUAAUACAUAUUUCCAUAGGAGAUAACAUCGUCUUAAAAAAAGACAACCUCCAAUUCUAGUUCACUUACGGAAAGUUUGGUGAAUUCAAGUACUCCUUUAUCCUCCAUGCUCCCAAAUCUUCACCAACAUCCCACAUUUUACUUGUCGUCCAUAUACUUAGUUGCGUGGGAGGGUUAAAUUUAUUUUUAGUUUUUCAUUUUUCAAGAAUUCUAUUAUGUAAAUUUUGGGUGUUUUUUUUAAAAGGUUGAUACGUUUAUCCGUCAGGAUACGGGUAUCUGAAAUUUUAAAAUAAUUACCAAAAAAGUUGGAAACUUUUAAUAAAUUACAGAUACGGCCUGGGAACGUACGGUACAUGUAUCCUAGAGUAUCUGAUAUGGGAACGUUUCCGAUAUGCCGAUACGGUAUUCUAGUGAAGUAUCCAUGCUUCAUAGCUUACAAGGGUUUGUUUUUUACAAUAGGAAUAAAAAAUAUGAAAGGUGACAUUCUGGCCAUAGUUGUCACCUUACAAAAGUGAUACUUCACUUUUGUUCACUUUUUGCUUUAAAAUAGUUUCGUCUUCUCGACUUCUAUCUCCAUCGGAUAAUUUUUUGGGGGAAUUUGACUUUGCACCCCACUUUUUGGGUGGUAUUGGACUUUGCAACCCAUUUUCAAAAAACAUUGACUUUGCACCCCAAUACAUACCAUUUUGUGAAGAAAAAGUUCUAAAUGGGGUGCAAAGUCAAAAGAAUUUUAAGUGUAAUGAGGUGCAAAAUCAAAGUUUUUUCAAAAUGGGGUGCAAAGUCCAAUAUCACCCAAAAAGUGGGGUGCAAAGUCAAAUCCCUCCUUAAUUUUUGUUCUAGAUAUCCACAAGGAGUUUUAUUAUGGUGUUCAUGUUAUGAUAUCCAUUGCUUUGACCUGUUGUUCUUUUUCAUAUUAUGCGUGUGUGCAAGUAAAUAUGUUUAUUUAUUCUUGAAUUUAUAAAUAAAGUCAUUGGAAGUCACGGGGAGUGGGUGCUGGUCGUAAAUGACUGCACCUAUAGUCCUAUACAUACAUAUUUCAUGUUCAUAGUUUAUUUUUGUUCUUCUAUUUCAUGUUCAUGGUUUAUUUUUGUUCUUCUAUUUCAUGUUCAUGGUGUUUUUUUGUUCUUCUAUUCCAUGUUAACGCUGUACAUAUGAAGAAUUAUGGAGAUAAUUGAUUUUGAAAUCCAUGUAGUGCUCUAGCAUUAAAGUAGUCUUGAUAUAUGAUAAUACUGUAAUUCAUAAAAUAUCUUCCAGCUGCUUUUCCAUUUACAUAUUUAGUAGCCUUCUACCUUCUAGGCAUGUACUACUUACCUUGGAAACUUUUUUAACAGAAUAAAGAUCAAUUCGAAUUCACAUAUUGUGAUGGCCUAGAAGAUCUAGUAAGGUGUAAUGAAAUCAUUGCCUAUCAACUGGAUUGCCCAAUUUGUAACCAAGCUAGAUUUUGAAUGUGAUCUUCAGGAUGAUUCUAUCGCUUUUGGAUCUGAUCAAGGUUCUUUUUGAAAUGGAAUGACGAGAUAGAUGGUGUACAAGAAUCCAGGUCCACUGGUCAAGACGGUUAUGACCUGGUACAAUCAGCGUACAAGCUGCAGUCUGUCCAUCUGUCCAUGCAUUCUGGACGCGAUUUUCACUAUGGGUCAUCCGGAAACAAUCUCUCUGUGCUUUAGUACAGGGGUAAGACUGCGUACAUCCGACCCCCCCUACCCCACCGUAGGUGGGAGCCUUUGCGGCACUGGGGUAAUGAUGAUGAUGAUGAGUGAAAGCAUGGACUGGUUUGUGUUUGAAGUGUGUCUGAUUUGUGCACAUGAAUGGUUUUAAUUAGAAGGUUUUGCGGUUGUUCAGGAGAUUUUAUGCAACAUCAAAUGUCGCAUAUGCUAAAUCAAGAGAUAUAUUGGCUACAUGGAGUAACGUAGAUCAGUUAACACAAGAAUCUCACAGCUGGAAUAUUAUGGUUAUCAACUCUCAAUUGAAGGAACUGAUCAAGAAAGGACAUGUUAGAAAUGCUCGUGAGAUGUUUAAUAAAAUGCCACAUAGAGAUGAAGUCUCAUGGACCAACAUGAUUGCUGCUUACGUAAAUGCCUCUGAAUCAUUUGAAGCACUAUCUCUGUUUCAUGAUAUGUGGGCCUAUACUGAUCUUCAUAUGGAUCCUUUCAUACUUAGCCUUGUACUAAAGGCUUGUGGGAUUAGUACAAAUGUUAAGUAUGGAGAACUUGUGCAUGGAUAUUCUGUAAAAAGUGGUCUUGUGAAUUCUAUUUUUGUGGGAAGCUCACUUCUUAAUAUGUAUAUGAAAUUGGGAAAAUUUUGGGAAGGUUGCAAACAGUUCGAUGAGAUGCCUAACAAGAAUGUAGUAUCUUGGACUGCUAUAGUGACUGGACUUGUUCAUAUGGGCUAUAACAAUGAGGCUCUGAUGUAUUUUUCUGAAAUGUGCGAAGAUGGAGUAAAAUACGAUUCAUAUUCUUAUGCCAUUGCAUUAAAGGCAUGUGCUGAUAUGGGGUAUCUGAAUUAUGGGAGGGAGAUUCAUACUCGGAUUGUGAAGGAAGGCUAUGGUGCAGGAUCUUACGUGGCUAAUAGUCUCUCCACAAUGUACAAUAAAUGUGGGAAUGUAAAGUAUGGAUUGUGCCUGUUCGAAAAAAUGAUUUUGAAAGAUGUGGUCUCUUGGACGUCUAUAAUCACAACAUAUGUCCAAAUGGGUCAAGAUGAGCUGGCAAUCCAAGCAUUCUUGCGAAUGAGAGACUCACACACAAGCCCUAACGAGUACACCUAUGCAGCAAUUGUUGCUGCUUGUGCUAAUCUUGCAAGACUUGAUUGGGGCGAACAACUGCAUUCCAAUGCAUUACAUUCAGGUUUUGUGACUUUUCCAUCUGUGGGAAACUCAGUCAUGGCACUGUAUUCAAAAUGUGGGUUGUUAGGUUCAGCUUCCAUGGUGUUUAAUGCAAUGAACAAGAGAGACAUUGUUUCUUGGAGCACUAUUAUUGCAGGGUAUGCUCAAGCUGGACAUGGUGAGGAGGCUUUCAAUCUUCUCUCGUGGAUGAGAAGGGAAGGAACAAAGCCUACAGAGUUUGCCCUUGCUAGUGUAUUGAGUGUAUGCGGAAAUACGACCAGUCUAUAUCAAGGGAAGCAACUGCAUGCUCAUGUCCUUGCCAUUGGUUUAGAUCAGACAGUAUUGAUACACAGUGCUUUGGUAUCUAUGUACUCAAAAUGUGGAAACAUCAAAGAAGCCUCAGAUAUUUUUCAGAUGGCUCAGUGUAAUGAUAUUGUAUCAUGGACGGCUAUGAUUAGUGGAUUGGCUGAACAUGGUAAAAGCAGAGAAGCUAUUGAUUUAUUUGAGAAAUCGUCUGAGGCUGGUUUGGAACCGGAUUCAGUAACCUUUGUUGGAGUUCUCAGUGCUUGCAGCCAUGCUGGAUUGGUUGAUAUUGGGUUUCAUUACUUCAAUUCAAUGAUCAAGGACUAUAAAUUAAGUCACUCUAAAGAACAUUAUGGUUGCAUGAUUGAUCUUCUUUGCCGAGCAGGACGUUUAAGUGAUGCAGAGAAUAUGAUUAAUAGCAUGCCAUUUGAAAAGGAUGAUGUUGUUUGGUCAACUCUCCUCAGGGCUUGCAGGGUGCAUGGUGAUGUUGAAUGUGGAAGACGUGCUGCAAAACAUAUCCUAAAACUGGAUCCUGACUCCGCUGGGGCCCAUAUAACCCUGGCUAAUAUAUAUUCUUCUAAAGGGAAGUGGAGGGAAGCAGCGGAGUUGAGGAAGCUGAUGAGGUCCAAAGGAGUCAUUAAAGAGCCCGGGUGGUCUUGGAUAAAACUGAAGACAAAGAUGUAUGCAUUUGUUGCCGGAGACAAAACACACCCUGAAAGCGAUUAUAUUUAUAACAUUCUAGAGUUCUUGACUUCAGAUACUGAAUUAACUUCCCCUGAAAUUACCUCUCUUAUAGAUGGUGUUUAGUCAAAUCUUGUGACAUGUUGUCAAAUGUAAGUGGUUAAAUUUCUCUCGCAAAAUUUAAUGAACACAAAGGGGGAGACUACCCUUUAUCUGCAGACAGCGUUGCUGUAUUAAGUCUAGCCCUCACAUGCAGCCUACCUAAUAAUGUCUUCUUACAUGUGGCUUUCAAUCUGCUCUCAUUUUUGGGAAGUCUCCCUCAAGUGAAUAUUCCCAGAGUAUGGGGACCAUUUAUUGUCUACUUACAAGAGGCAACAACAGCAGUUAUUUCUGAAUUACUAGUCGAAUCACUUGCUAAAGCUUGCUGAAAACUGAAUUCAAGAACAAAUGGAAAACCACGGAUGCAGAAAGAUAAUGUGUAUGGAAAGGCUGGAGUACGUCCUUACCAUAACAGCAAGGGAAGGUUGCUGCACAAUACUCCCAAUGAGGUAUGUAUACAUCUCCAUACAUAUAUAAAGAGAUGGUGUGGCUAUUCCGCUAUUGUAAGUCAUUUUUUCCGUUUCUCAGUUGGUGUCAGUGUGCAUGUUCUGUUUCUGACUCUGCAUAGUUUUCCCUAUAAAUUUUUUUGGGGUUUGCAAUGAUCUGCUUUCAAUGCUAAUGGACUUGAUUUAACUUUCUCUCAUAGUUGUUCUAUCUUUCUUAAGCUCAGUGGAGUUUUAGAUAAGCUUAGAGAAACAUUUAAGUCCAUACCCUAAUAAUGAUGCUCUAACUUGAAGUGUAAUAAGUGUAUAAGUGGUGGAUAUUUUGGGCGAAGUUUAUCGAGAACAAUCCAAAAACAAAAAAAGGAUGCUGGUCUGUAUUUGCAUUUUUGUACAUACAGGACAGUCAUCGGCAUCAGGAAAACCUCAUAGCAUUGAUUAAGAGAUAUCACUAGAGACAAUCAGUCAGGGAAGCAGGUUCAAGAGCUGCAACAACUCUGAACUGCGAGUCCUCGGACCUUCUUCCUCCUCAAAAACAGCUAACUGUUCACUGCAAAUUCCUCAACCUAAACUCUUUGUACAAAUGCUUGAAUGUUGUAUUUAUUUCUUGAAUGUUGUAUUUAUGCAUUAUUUCUAUAAUGUAAGAUACACCAUACACCUUUUCUAAUUUUGUCUCCAUGUGAGAAAUUUUGUCUGCAGAAAUUCACGAUGAAUUUGGUCACGGUGUUCAUAUUUAAUAUAGUUUGGUGAGUUAUUCAAUUUGCAUGUCUAUCUUGUCAAAGCUGUGGUGGUGACCUUUUGAACGAAAAUGAUCAUAUCGGAUGCUUAUUUAACUCAGUGGAGUGUCAGUUUAGUAGAGAUGAAACAUAGUCCAUCUUGGCAAAGCUGAGGAGCCCUUUAAAAGGCAAUGAUCAUCUUUGAAUGCUAAUGGACAAAGAUCAAAUCUCUCCUCUGACUAUUCUUGGCUUGUAAGACUCGUAGAGUUUCAGAUCAGUGGAGAAGAAACAUAUAGGAGUAUAACGCUAUACUCUGAUGUUCUGAUAACUUUCUAACAUUUUUAUUACAUUUGAUAUUCUUUGUUGAGUGUGAUAUGAGCAAAGAAACAUGAUAUUAUUAUUAUUAUUAUUGUUAUCAUCAUCAUCAUCAUCAUGUAUGUUUUAGGUUCUUUCUAUACCAGAUCUGGUAAGCCAUGCUAUACCUGUUCUCUAAUAGCGUAGGAAGUGACAGAAAAGCAUGCUGAUGUACUACCAUCUGAGGUUGUAAGCCUGUGGAAUAGUCCGCAAAAAAAGGGUCUUUUUUUUGCAACAACAUUGCAUUGGCAAUUUCACUGGGGCUUAGGGUUGGAACAUAUAAUGAUACACUUGGAUUUUGAUCUGUUUGGAAGGAUUUGAUGGCAUCUUUUUGCAUCAGCGAGGUAUUUUGUAAGGACUUGUGCAUAUAGACCUACAAUUCAAUUUCCACUCCAUUUUCUAAUUUAUUCAGUCAAGAGGUCAACCUAAUUACAAGAUCCACAUGGAAGUGUCUAGUCUCUAUGUGUAGUUUAAUCUGUUAGCAGUCCGCACUGAAAAAUUGCAUCUCCAAAAUGUGAUAAAUGUACAUCUAAUCUUACCAUUUGAUCGUGGUAAAGACAGACACUACAGCCUACUUCCCUUGAAGCUUGAAGACAACUUUGAUGUCCAAGAGGGCAGUGAUGAUAUGAACAAAGAAACCUGAUAUUAUUAUUACGUAGUAUUUUAUUAUUAUUAUGUACUAUUACUAUUACUAUUGUGUGUGCUUUAGGCAGUUUCUUAAUUAGCAUUUAUCUUCUUUUAUAAUUAUUCCUCUUCUGCUUUUGACAAAAUCUGAAGUAUCAUUUAUUUCCUUUUAGAAUUAGGACAUUUGCAAUAGCUAUAUAAGGGUCAUCAAUAUUAUUCAAUUAACACUUUGGGAAAAAUUAAUUAAUUGUGUGUCUUGACAAGGUCAGACACCGAUUAAUUCUAGCUCACGCUUUUAUUUUAUUAUUAUUCCUUCUCUAUUUCCUACCAUGCUCAUAUUAGAAUUCAAUGCUCAAGUCCAUCUUGGCAAAGCUGAAGAGCCCUUCAAAUGGAAAUGAUCAGCUUUGAAUGCUAAUGGACUUAUAUCAUAUAUCUCUCCUAACUGUUCUAGGCUCAUUCUUUUCAGUGGAGUGCUGGAGUUUCAUAACAGUGGAGCUGAGACAUAUACUAUUGUAUUUAUUCUGUGAUUGUUUCCUCUGUUAAGUCAAUUAUAAGGUUCACAUAUUUGAUCUUGUUAUAAAUGAUGUAUAAAUUAACAUGGUUUAAGAUUUCUGUAAUGUAAGACUACUAAGACACGUCUUUUGUCUUUAAAAUAAAAUUCAUGAGGAAUAUUACGAUGUUCAUAUGAUGUACUUUCGUAUGUCAGUUUGCUUGUGGAUAUAUGUGUGCAAGUUGUUUUUGUUGUUUACAGUUAACUUUAUAUGGAGUAUAUAAAAUUGUAGGAAGACAUGUGGAAUGGGAGCCGUUCUCAAGCACAAGAAACAGCUGAGAUGGCAACGCUGGGCUGAGAAGGCUUACAAAAAUAUUAAUGAGUGGAAAAGACCUUUUGCAGCGUUUUCUCGCGCUAAGCCCCAAGGGUUCCUUUCUGGAAAAUGUGACGUAGUUGGACAACUGUGUAAAUACUUAAAAUUUGUUUCACAAACUGAACAACAUUAUUUUUUUCUUAUAUAGAUAUAUUUGACGCACAUUAAUAUGCAACACUUAUUACAUGUUUAUGAAAGUUUAAUUUUGUUUAGUGGUUUCAGUGCCAUUCGGAAAUGUGCUCGUGUUCAACUCAUCAAGAUCAGGGAAAAGAUUGCUACGUUUUUGCCCAAAGGUGGCGCUGCUAGGCGAUGGAUAUAUCGCAUCAAAGAGUCUCAGACGCAGUCUAAACCAUUGGCCAACAAAUUGAAUAUCGGAACAAAAUUUUGGAGAAGUGUAGCAUCUAAACCACUGGCCAACAAAUUUAUGGUCACAAAGUCCAACACAUUUAAUUUUGGAAAUCGUGUACUUGAGUUCGUUUGUAAUUACGAAGGAGAGUGAAAGGGCCCAAAUAAGAGCAUUUGAUUUGGGGCAACUCUAUUCAAGUCCAAUUGUUUUUACUCUGUACAGUCUCAAGUAAAACUAAUACAGAGUAAAUAUUUAAAUUAGUAAGUGUACAAACUUGCCCUUUUAGUUUAUAAUUCAUAUUUGGGACAAUAUUAUCUAAUCUAGUGUAUUUUUUUAUAGAGGUGUAUAAAUGAUGGAGGACUAUAGAUUGUCGAUGAUGAUGAGAAAGUUGGAAGGAAAAUCCGAGAGCGAGAUGGUGCCAUGUGUUAUAGAUAACACCAAUUUUGAAGUAUUUGCUAUUUAUCGAAGUAUUAAUCCUUUGAAAUUGUCUUGUCGCAAUUUUUUAUUGCUCGAUUCACUUGUUGAGGGCCUUGAGGCCACAGUUAGUACUGGUCACUGUUGUUGUAGUGUCACCGAGUGGGCUAGCCUCUGGUGGCAAGGUAACUAGAGCCAUCAGGGGUCACUGUAGUGGUGCUUGGUGAGUCACGGGUUACUGGUAUUUCGAAAUCACUGGAUUCAGGUUGGGAUCACAAGCACUUGGUCACUACAGGUGAUUAUAGAUUUAGACUAAAAAAGUUUGUAGUCACUUUUUUUUGUUCUUUUUUUUUUUUAAAAAAACCUCUCCUUUUCUCAAAUAGAAUGUUUUUAAUUGAACUAGUUUCAGUCUAGAUAAAAUCAGAUAGGGUUGAGUUUUGGAAUUAACAGUCGGUGGAACCGAACCGUUAUAAUAUGGUUUGGUUCUUAUAAAUGAGUUUAGUUACU